UGAGUGAUAAAGUCAACUAAAGUUGUCGGCGUUUUUCCCAAAUUGUUUGAAAACGGUGGUGUAUUUUUGUAUAUCAUACUAAAUAUUAAUUAUCAGUUAGUAAGUUACUAAUUUAAAUUUAUUUUUACAAAAAAAUCAAAAUGAGUCGCAAAGAAGCAUUAACACAGUUUAUACAACAAAUUCAUGGUCGUCCGGUUGUAGUGAAAUUGAACAGUGGAGUCGAUUACAGAGGUGUAAUGGCUUGCAUUGAUGGUUACAUGAAUAUUGCUCUUGAACAAACAGAAGAAUACAUAAAUGGAGAACUUAAAAACAAAUUUGGAGAUUCUUUUAUUCGUGGCAACAAUGUACUGUAUAUUAGUACACAAAAAAGAAAAGGGGUAUAAUAUGUUUUGUAAAUAAUGUUAUUUGUAUUCUCAAUUUAUAUAUUUGUGAAAAAUAAAAUACAACAUACAUAUAUUUAUAAGUUUUUGUAAUAAAUAUUAAGUAAUUAUAAUUAAUUUGAUGUUUCUUCAUAUUCAAUAAGUACCUUAUUUAAAUAUUAUAUUAAUUUUCAGAUAAUAAUUAUAGAUGUAUUAGUUAAAUAACAAUAUAUCGUACAUACAUGUUAUAAACUUACAACUUAUAGCUUUGAAUAUAUGUAGUAAAAUGUGUAAUUAAUCAAUGGUUGUAGGUAAUUUAUUGAUUUAUGAUAUGAAACGUACUUUUUACUAUACCAAACCUUUAGUUAUAAAAAGUUAUCAUAAAUGUAUGUUACAUUUUGUCCUUAUUAAAUGAAUACAUCUUUUUAACUGGUCAAAGAAGUUUAAAGUGUGGUUCGAGAUUGCAUAGAUGCCAAGGUUUCUAAUUGUCUUAGUUUAUAUUAUGACCGACCAUAUGUAAUUUGUCUACUUUUUAUUUGUAUAUUAAACGUUCUCAAUAAAUAAAAAAUAACAUUUUCAACCAGA